AAUGUUUCCCACUUCAUCUUCUAGCUAGUAACAUCCAACAACGUUAAUUAAUCUAUACUUGUGUACUAUGCCUUCUCUCUCUGAAGCCUUUCGAGGCCACCCCGUGUACCUUCACCACAAACACCCCGACUUCAACUCCCUCCAAAAACUCCCCGAUUCCUACGCUUGGACUACGCAACCAGAUAACCAUAUUCACCCUAACUCCACCGUCCCCGUAAUCGACUUCAACCACCCCAACGCUCCUAACCUCGUUCGCCAUGCAUGCAGAACAUGGGGUGUCUUCCAACUCAUCAGCCAUGGCGUCCCCAUCAGCCUCUUCGCUCGCAUGCACAAAGCCACCCUCGCCCUCUUCUCCCUUCCUCUUCACCAGAAGCUCAAAGCUGCUCGCUCCCCCGACGCCGUCUCCGGCUAUGGCCGCGCUCGCAUCUCCUCCUUCUUCCCCAAGCUCAUGUGGUCUGAGUGCUUCACCAUCAUUGAUUCCCCUCUUCAACUUUUCCUCCACCUCUGGCCUCAACAUUAUGCUAUAUACUGUGAUAUUGUGAUGGAAUAUCAAGCAGCCAUGGAGAAGCUAGCAGCGAAGUUAAUGUGCCUCGUGUUGGCUUCACUUGGGAUUUCAAAGGAGGACAUUAAAUGGGCUGGGCCGAGAGGGGAAUUCGACGGGGCUUGUGCGGCCUUGCAUUUGAAUUCUUACCCGAGUUGCCCGGAUCCGGAUCGGGCCAUGGGUCUAGCCGCACACACGGACUCCACUCUGCUCACAAUCCUGCACCAAAACAAUGUGAAUGGGCUUCAGGUUCUCAAGGAAGGUGAAGGGUGGGUGGCGGUGCCGCCGCUUCCCGGAGGGCUGGUGAUCAACGUGGGCGAUCUGCUCCACAUUUUGUCAAACGGGUUGUACCCGAGUGUGGUCCACCGGGUGCGGGUGAACCGCACCCGCCAGCGGUUCUCGGUUGCUUAUCUAUAUGGGCCCCCAACAAACGUGGAAAUCAGUCCACAUGUGAAGUUAGUGGGCCCAACUAGGCCCGCACUUUAUCGGUCAGUGACUUGGAACGAGUACCUUGGCACCAAAGCAAAGCAUUUCAACAAGGCUCUCUCCUCGGUUAGGCUUUCUGAACCUAUUAACAGUUCGUUUGAUGUAAACGAGGAUGAGAGUAACGACCUUGAAGUGGUCCAGCUAGAUAGCCCAUAGAGAUAGAGUUGAACUUUUCUUUGGUCAAAUCUUGUACCAGCCAUAAAUGGCAAAAAUUUAAUAAAAUAAAAAUUAUUUGCU